UCAUGAUAGAGUGAUAAUUUUGCAUACGUUAGUUAGGAUAUUGUGUCGCAAUCUUCUCAAAGAGGACAUCUUUAUACGAUCUUCUGUUAUUUUUAAUACUUUUAAACGAACAUUAAAUCAUCGAACUUUCGAAUUUUAAAUUUUAGAUAUUGUUUGAAAAUAAAUUGUGUAUAAGAAAAGUGGUGAUAACAUUUCGAAUACACGCGGCAUUAAAGAUUGCCAAGGUAUACGAGUAGCGACGACAGUGGGCGAUAGUUGUAGUGGUGGCAGUAGUGAUGCUGGUGGAGGGAGAGAAGAUCGUACAGCCUGCUCGCGCUCGCGGCAGAAUGAAAAUGGCGUUGUUCCUUUGCGAACGAAGCAACGGUCACUGACGAUGUAUCUCUUCUUCGGUAUUGCUGUCGUCACCGUCUUUUUCGCCGUUUUUGUGUUCUCUUCAUCUUCAUAAUCGUAACGAAUACGUGAAAAAUAGAAACGAGAAAACGAGUAGACGAAGAACCAAGAAAAUAGAUAUAGACGAUAUAUGCAUAUAUAUAUAAUAUAUAUAUAAUAUAUAUAUAUACAUACAUAUAUAUAUAUAUAUAUAUAUAUAUAUAUAUAUAUAUGAACGUCGAAAGAAGGAGAGGGAGAUAGAGAUAGAGUGAAGAGUUGCUCUGUGCGCGCGUGCGAUAUCCUUUGCUUCGUUCUUCCGCGUGCGUCUCUACGUGCGUCGUUGUGAGAGGUAGUCUCCUGGUCGCCUUCGUAGUCAUCGCGUCGAGUGGCAGUGCGGUGAGACAGCUGCUGGUAAAGAAGCGCGCGGUGCGCGUGUAAUGUGAGAUAGAGAUAAAGACAGAAGAGAGAGAGAGAGAGUGAGAGAGACAGAGCCGUACAAGACGAGAGAAGUAGCGUGCGCGAGAGAGACAACAAACACGAUGAAGUGACACCGCGACGUGCUAAACUUCGUGGACUGGUGGAAUAAGUGUUCUCGGGGGCCGAUAAAUUCGCGUCGUUGAAGGACGAGUUCGUGCCGAUGCCGGCCGAAUACCGAGAGAACCACGAGAACGCCAAUUUCGCUCUCGGGGCUGGACAACAGGACGCCAGCAACAUGACGGCCAACAUGUACCGAGUGGGAGAUUAUGUAUAUUUCGAAACUUCUUCCACUUCUCCUUACCAAAUAAGAAGGAUAGAAGAGUUAAAUAAGACCGCAAGUGGAAAUGUUGAAGCAAAAGUCAUGUGCUUUUUUAGGCGGAGGGAUUUACCUAAUACUUUAAUAAUGUUAGCAGACAAACAUCAGUUGGCAAGUGCGGAGCAGCAAAGGUCAGAAUCUCCUGCGAGCACACAGAGUACGAAACUGGAGAAUCCAGAUUCUACUAAGGAAAUCACUAAUAAAGAUGGGAUUGGGCCGAAAGUGAUGAACAAAGGGGGCGGGAAAGGGGGCUGGCUGAAGGCCCCGCUAUCGGAGGCCCAAGAGCCCCAUGGGAUGGAAGAAAGUGUAGUAGGUCCUGGAGGAGUAAUGGAAUUAAGUACUAAACAACGCCAUCAAAUGAAGCAUAGAGAACUUUUUUUAUCUCGACAGGUAGAAACAAUGCCUGCCACACAUAUAAGAGGCAAAUGCUGUGUGACAUUGUUAAAUGAGACAGAAUCGUUAUUAAGUUAUCUAAAUAAAGAAGAUUCGUUCUUUUACUGCUUAGUUUUCGAUCCAGCUCAGCGUACUUUGUUAGCUGAUAAGGGUGAAAUUAGAGUAGGAAGUAGAUAUCAAGCUGAUGGAAUAGCACCAUUACCCCUAACACCUGCUGAAAAAGAAGCAGAUCCUCGCAGGUUACAGGAUCUAGAAACAUUAGUAUGGACACCACGUCAUUCAUUGACAGAUCGUCAAAUUGAUCAAUUCCUUGUUGUUAGUCGAUCUGUUGGCACUUUCGCAAGAGCUCUUGAUUGCUCAUCAUCUGUCAAACAACCCUCUUUGCAUAUGUCUGCAGCUGCUGCAUCCAGAGAUAUUACUCUAUUUCAUGCAAUGGAUACUUUACAUCGACACAAUUAUGAUGUAGCUAAAGCCAUGUCAUCGCUAGUGCCUAGUUCUGGCCCAGUAUUAUGCAGAGAUGAGAUGGAAGAAUGGAGUGCCUCAGAGGCAAAUUUGUUUGAAGAAGCUCUUGAUAAAUAUGGAAAGGAUUUCUCUGAUAUACGUCAGGAUUUUCUACCUUGGAAGACAUUGAAAAAUGUUAUUGAAUAUUACUAUAUGUGGAAAACAACUGAUCGUUACGUGCAACAAAAAAGGGUAAAGGCUGUAGAAGCAGAAAGUAAAUUAAAACAAGUUUAUAUACCAAAUUAUAAUAAAACACCUGUACCUUCUGCUACGGCUUCUGGAACUACGAUUGUUCCAUUAGGAAAUACUAAUAAUUCUAAUGGAAAACCAACUAAUGUACUGAAUGGCAAUAGCAAUGGUAAUAUGACCAGUGAUAAUACUGGUAUACUUAUGGUUGGUGUUGGUGGUAAACCUUGUGAGAGCUGUCAAGUUAUGCAAAGUUCGCAAUGGUAUGCCUGGGGGCCAUCACACAUGCAAUGUCGUUUAUGUCAAUCUUGCUGGAUGUAUUGGAAAAAAUAUGGCGGAUUAAAGGUUCCCUCCCGUAUCGAUGAUGUAGAUUUGGAACGAAAAAGAGGUGGUGCUGGAUCUGAUGAAGAAAGUAAAGGAAUUGGUGGUGCUCAUAGACCACAUCGUUGCAGCAUUCCUUCUUGCGGUAAAGAAUUUAAACUGAAGGCUCACCUUAGCCGACAUUAUGCCAGUGCUCAUGGUGUUGACUUACGAGGAAGCGGAGCAAGUGGAGGCGGCGGCAGUGGAUCUCCACGGCCUGUUAUGAAAACGCGCUCAGCAUUUUAUUUACGUACUCCGGCAUUAGCGCGAGCUGCUCGUCGACUUUGCGCUACCCAGUUACGUACACGUCACGCUGCCAGAGCACCUCAUCAGCCGGUGAAUGCGGCUCCACUACGACAUCUUUGUGCAUCGCCUCAAUUAACUUCUAAAAGUCCUGCUGAAUUGCGCAUUUUAGCACGUGCAGUUCGACCCAGACCUCGCCCUCGUGUUACUGAUAUAGCUACACGCUUGGGUGAUCAUCCUUCUCCAAGACAGCCUGGAGAUUGGGAUUGGUUGACACUUACAGCACCAGCGCAACGUAAACAACCAGAUCGUGUUUCAUUUCCUCGUCCUCCUAAAGCACCUGAUGGUAGUCUUUUAUAUGAAAGAGUACCGAAUAAACCAGAAGUAGACAGGCUUACAUUAACUCCACCUCAAGUACAGCCUGCUAUGCAAACUCAACAAACUAUAUUAAAACGCACAAGGCCUCCAUUCGAUGAAAUCAAUGGUUCGGAUGGUAUUGCCCUGAACGCAGGGCUCCCUGUUGGACCACCUGCAAAAAGGGCUCAUCAUUCUCAGCAGUUACAUCCAAAACAUGCUUUAGAACAUACUGCUCCUGCUGUUCUUCCGUUAGCACCACCGCUUAAUGGAAGAGCUGUGCAUCCGCACUCCUUGCCACAUGGUCCACCUUUAUCUAGGAGUAACGCGCGUAAACAAGUUAUAUCGUGGAUGGAUGCGCCAGAUGAUGUUUACUUUCGUGCUUCAGAUCAGACGAAACGAAUCAGAAGAAGUUUAUCAUCGGUGGAAUUACGAAGAGCAGCGCGUAAGCCAUGGCGUAGAUUAUCAACACCUUUGCAUCCACCUCAUUCACAAAGAACGGUACGUGGUGAUGAUAUGGUCGUAAUACUCGAUUGAAUCGGUAAUACGAUCGGUUAAGCAGCUGAUUCAAAUCGGUAUCGCUGCGAAGGGAUUGCGUCAUCGUUAUACUUCAGUGCCAGGGUGACGGCUGUAAAGACUGCAGCUAGUGUAUUAUCAUUGAACAACUUUGAAAUUGAGAAAAAUGAGAAUGCUUGUGUGGCAUUUGUCAAAUCCCGUUAUUAACAGCGAGUCGUCGAAACUGAAGGCCUCACUUAUCCGAACCUGCAUGUUGCACUGACAUUACCAAUCGUAACUCACAUGUAAGGACGAAAGAUGAGUAAUUAAUGAAGUUAAUGUUCAUCGAACUUAAAAAAAAAAAAAAAAAAAAAUAAAAAAAAAUAAAAAAAAAA